AUGUUUCUUAUGCCCACUUUUUUUAAUAAUUAUUUGAGAGAGCGUGGUCUUGGCCAUCAAAUCUACGCAGCAAUGAAAAAUGAUGAUUACUCUGAUGUAGUUAUGACUGCUCUCCGUGUACUUGAGGAAAGUGGAAGUUUACCAACGAUAGAAAAAGAAAACAAAUGUGAGAAAAGAUCUGAUAAAUAUCGGGAAGAAGGUAAUAUAGCAUUUAAAGUUGGGAAUGUAUACAGAGCUCUAGAAUUUUACAAUAGAGCUCUGAUGUUUGCGCCGAAAAAUUCAAGAGCCAUAAAACUCGCUUAUAGCAACAGGUCGGCAAUUUUAUUUAAAAUGGAACAAUUUAGUAAAUGUUUAAUUGACAUAGAAACUUGUUGUAAACUUGGUUGCCCCACAGACAUUGAAAGUAAGCUUAUUAAAAGAAAAAAUGAAGCUAUAAAAAGAAGUAAAAUAGAAAAUAUUACUGCAAGUUUGCUUGCUAGUUACUUUAAAGAUUAUUGUAAAUUUGAUGUUAAAACCAAUACUUCUAUACCUUGCGCUAGCUCUGACAUAGAAGUUAUAAAAGGAAAUGUUUUUAAAGUAGUUGCAGCAAAAGAUAUUAAAGUGGGAACUCCUCUGGCUUUAGAAGAUUCGUUUGUAAGUUGUAAUAACGAAGAAAAUAUACCUUUUUCUUGCCAUUACUGCCAUAAAAUGUCUUUGAACCUAAUACCAUGUGAAGGUUGUUGCUUAGUUUUGUUUUGUAGUGAAGAAUGCAAAGAAAUAUGUUUAAAAGAGUACCAUAGCAUCGAAUGUCAAAUUAUGGAGGUUAUUCAAAGCAUAGCUUUCAGUCCUAUGGCGAAAUUGAUGAUAAAAGGCACUUUGAAAUUUGUCCAAAUGUGUGGGUCAUGGAAAAAAGUAAUUUCAUCUUCGCAUUGCACUGGUGCUGACAGGAUACGCAUCAGUUCAGAACAGGAAAUGUACGAUGUCAAUAAUAAGUUCUCGGUACUUAAUUUUAAUGAUAAUCGGCUGUUCGUGCAUGGAUCAAUGUAUUCAGCCAGUUUUGUAUGUGCUACAUUUAUUUAUUAUUUAGAAAGAAUAUCUGGCUAUUUGCCUAGUUCAUUUGAUGAAAGGAAACUUGCUAAGAAAGCACUGGGAAGAAUCAUGAUGUAUUUUAGCCUUUACGCUUCCCCCACACCAGUUAAUCUUCGUGUAUCAGAUACCAAAAAUAGAAAAUCAUUUCUCAAUCCAAUUUCAAAUCACGGAUGGUAUCCUUUAAUUGGUAAAUUAAAAGAAUCUUGCAGUCCAAAUCUAUUUGUUAUCAAUUUAAAUAAAAAAAUGUUGUUGAUUGCGUUGAAGCCUAUAAAAAUGGGAUCAGAGUUAACUGUUUCUCACAUAGGUCAUUAUUUAAUACAUCAACAUGAACAUCGUGCAAAAACUAGUAUAUCAUUUAAUUUGUUUGAGAAUGUUUGUGACUGCAUUAUAUGCACUGGUGAAUGGAAAUCACAGAGAAAACAAUUUGCAUUCACGGAAAAACAACUUAACUUAUAUAAAGAAAGAUUUUUGCAUGAAGACGUAGGUGUGAACAUUAUGAGAAUUCCCGAUUUAUUUCAAAAAAUAUGCAAUGCGCUCACAUGUUUUAGCGAAGUGCCUUUCUCAGAAGAAUAUGUGCGAGUUUUCACAAAAUUUUUUGAAUUUAUAUCUGCUUAUCAAGAAGUCGUAUGCUCUAAUGUAGUUUUAAUAGAAAACCCGGAUGGGAGUGUCCGAGGGUAA